AUGAAAAAGAAGGCAUUGGGCGAAGAGCACCCAGACACGCUUGUAAGCGUUUAUAACCUGGCUUACCUCCUGCAGCAGCAAAGGCAGCUUGAAGAAGCUAAUGAGCUAUAUGAUUGGGCUUGGAGGGGCUAUAUAAAAGCCCUUGGGCCGGAUCAUCCAGACACGAUAUUAUGCCGGGAUGCCCGUUCUUUCUUAAGGAAAGAGUUGGGGUUGGAGGAACAGAGCGAGAUUCUAUAA